AAAAAAACAGUCGCGUUGAUAUGUCAAUCUUGACGCGACCCAGACAGACCUCCGCCCGGGCCUUCCCGUGAGAGCCGCAUCACUAUUGGCUGAGAGCCGCCACCCAUUUGAGACUGGAGGCCGCAUUGGCUGGGCCUCGGUGAGACACUCACGCGCAAGAUAUCUACUCUCUUUUGUUAUUGUACAGAGCGCGAGGAGAGGUUUGGGGGAGCUAGCAGGAUGCACGAGCGGAGACUGAGAGGCUGAUAUCGACAGGGAUAGAAACAGAUAGCCCAGGAGGGGAGGAAGGGAAUGCGGAAUACUAGCUACCUCAGUGCAACACAUUGACCACUACUUCUCUUCUAAUCCCUCAAUACUCUGGUUGACGUUAUCAUGUCGGUGAAUGCCCCCAGCAGCAAUGACGCCUGCCUGAGCAUCGUGCAUAGCCUCAUGUGCCACCGGCAGGGCGGCGAGAAUGAGGGCUUCGCCAAGCGCGCCAUCGAGAGCCUGGUGAAGAAGCUGAAGGAGAAGAAGGACGAGCUGGACUCGCUCAUCACCGCCAUCACCACCAACGGAGUGCACCCCAGCAAGUGUGUCACCAUCCAGAGGACCCUAGACGGUCGCCUGCAAGUUGCAGGGAGGAAAGGCUUCCCCCAUGUGAUUUACGCUCGACUAUGGCGCUGGCCAGACCUGCACAAGAAUGAGCUAAAGCACGUCAAGUUCUGCCAAUACGCUUUCGACCUCAAAUAUGACAAUGUGUGUGUCAACCCCUACCACUAUGAGAGAGUGGUUUCUCCCGGCAUUGUUGGUCUCAGUCUUCAAAAUACAGCCCUCUCCCUCUCUCCUCUAGGCCCCCCUGGGAGGUUGAUCAAAGAGGAGUACAUUCAUGACUGUAUCCAGAUGGAUAUGCCACUAGGCAUGUCCCCGUCGGACCACCCCCACCCAGGGGUGCUCAAGCUACCGCCUCCCGACCACUAUGGCCAGCCCCUCCCGCCUCUGCAGCUCCCGCCGGAACCGCAGUGCGCCCCUCCGCCCAUCACCCUCUACCCCAACAUGCCCCUCUCGCCCACAGUGUCCGGCUCUAUGCUGCCUCUCCAGGGAGGUCACAGUGAGGGGCUCCUACAGAUCGCCUCUCCUCAGGGUCAGGUCAUGACCCCUAUGACCCCCACGCCGCCCCCCUCCACCCCAACACACGGGCUGCCACAUGGGCCACCACAGACCCCCCAGCCACCCCAGCUCCCGUCUGGUCAGAAUGGAUACAACAGCUCCAAACACACACAGACACAGGCUGCGUUCCACACAACUUGGACAGGCAGCAGCACAGCCUCCUACACUCCUGUAGGACCCCAACAACAAAAUGGGCGUGGCCACCAACAGCCUCCUCUCCACCAUCCAACCCACUUCUGUAAGUUAGGCAGUUACAGGUCUCAGCAUCAUGGCUCGGCUUCAUUUCCUCCCCCUGUGUCCAAUCAUCCAGGACCAGAGUUCUGGUGCUCCAUCUCCUACUUUGAGAUGGAUGUCCAGGUGGGGGAGAUGUUCAAGGUGCCGGCCAGCUGCCCGGUGGUGACGGUGGACGGCUACGUGGACCCCUCAGGGGGCGACCGCUUCUGUCUGGGCCAGCUCAGCAACGUCCACCGCACCGACUCCAGCGAGAGAGCCAGGUUGCACAUAGGUAAAGGAGUGCAGCUGGAGUGUCGUGGCGAGGGAGAUGUGUGGAUGCGCUGUAUGAGCGACCACGCCGUGUUCGUGCAGAGCUACUACCUGGACCGAGAGGCAGGCAGAGCACCAGGCGAUGCAGUACACAAGAUCUACCCCGGCGCCUACAUCAAGGUGUUUGACCUGAGACAGUGUCACAGGCAGAUGCAGCAGCAGGCAGCUACAGCACAGGCAGCAGCAGCAGCUCAGGCUGCCGCCGUAGCCGGCAACAUCCCCGGGCCAAGCAGUGUUGGAGGCAUUGCCCCUGCAGUCAGUCUUUCUGCAGCAGCCGGGAUAGGUGUGGAUGAUCUCCGGAGGCUGUGUAUCCUGCGGCUGAGCUUUGUGAAGGGCUGGGGCCCCGACUACCCCCGGCAGAGCAUCAAACAUACCCCCUGUUGGGUGGAGGUACACCUGCACCGGGCUCUGCAGCUGCUGGACGAGGUACUACACACCAUGCCCUUGGCCGACCCAGGACCUGCUAACUGAGUGGAAGGAAAGAUGACAAGUUAAAAAUCCAUACUGGGUUAAAAACGUACAAUCAUACACACACUGAUUUCCCCAUCUUGAUGAUACAUAUAGACCGAUACAUGCAGAUAGAACCACAUACAGGCACAUGCAUGUUUUCUUUCUAUUUAACGCACACAAUCUAGAGCCACUCAAAGCCCCACAAAGGCUAACCUCAAUCUCUCCGUCACACACAGACACACACUUAAGCAGCCAACAAUCACUGCACACUUCUACUUGUACGGUCUCCCACAUGGCCAUGCAACCACUAACCAAACCACAUGUCUGUGGGCAUGCAGACAUAAAGCUACUGAUGUCCUUAACAUACUUUCAAUAUUUUGUGAACGUUCAUUGUUUUUGCACAGCUCCCACAUGCUAAACACAAACACUACAAAGCAGCCCAGACCCCUGAAUUACCUUUCAUAGAAGUUCUUUAUUAUAGUAUAAUCAGGUAACUUUAGUGAAUAUGUCUACUGAGUAAUUUAUGUUUAUUCGUCUUCUGUUCUCUACAGAAAUAGAUAUGCACUGUAGAAAUCUAGGGAUGUGUUUCAGAGAUGUGUAACAUGGUACACUUUGGUACUCCUCAAAUGCACACACAAUCCACACUUGCUUAUAGUCACACACACACACACACACACACACACACACACACACACACACACACACACACAAACGCACACACAGUUCAGAAAUCCAGAGAUGACCCAAACCCAGGAGGACUAAAGAACUUUACCCAAAAAACUUGUGAAUAAUAUGACCUGGUCACACACAUCUCACACAAAAAAAAUCAGAUGUGGAUUCUAAGGUUAACCUAGAAGAUUUUUGAGUUUUUGGCAAAUCCAGAUCAAAACCUGGGUCACAGAACCAAAAUGGCUUGGGACCUUGGAAGAACACCAGAGUGAUGGAACCAGCGUUCUAAUGAACCUAGCCAGCCAACCUUUUGUCAUAUCUGUGCUUGUGUUGUGUUCUCCUGUGUGUGGAUCUCAAAUCACAUAGUUAGUCAUUGUUAACAUUGUUAGCUCGUUAGCCCUGUAAUAGCACAGGGCACCUUUCUCAAGCUAAUUUAUUUUCUUACCAAAAGAUGGAGAGAAAAAAAAGCCCCAAAAUGUCAGCUUUAAAAGUGGUGUUUGUAUUUGUGAUGAAGCAGUACAGUGUAUGUAACCAAACAGUUUGCCAUAUGGUGGAACUCACCAAAGCCAGAAUACCUCAUGAUAACAGUGUAAACCCACAGUUUGUCUUUCAGCCAAAACCUCAGACUCUCAGCAUUUUCUCCUCUUGUAAGUUCCCCCUUACAGCCUCAUAUCACAUUAUGCCUGUAUCACCAAAUCAAUAUAAAAUGGAAUAUGUAGUGGACCAUCAAUGGAGCCUUGGGGAACACCAAGAAAUAAUCUAGGCCGUAAUACAGUAGUUGCUCAGAUUUAAAAUCUUAAAUCCUGUGACUCGUGGAAAUAUUAUUUUGAGUAGACUCAACACAACUUUUUCAAAUGUCAUAUUAAUAGGAUGUCCCACUUUUGAUAGAAUGAUUCAUUCUCAGUGAAUUUAAGUUAGUCCAGAAUAAUAUCACUUAUACAGUGACUUAUGUCACUUUGGAUAAACAUAAAAUGUAUCUUCACUUUUUUGCAUUAAUUUAAAUCAGGUACCCUAGUGUUGGUAACAAUCAACCUCAAGCCUACUGAAGUGAAGUUAUGACUGAUGCUCUAACGUUGAUGCGUGAUACGAUAUGAAAGCUAAUCAUAUAAGACGUAACACAUUUUCUACAGUAGUAGAAAGUAGGCUUCAGGAUUCAUGAUUUUGGGUUGAAGUGCCUGGACUGAAUGCAAACCUUCACCCAAUCCAGGGGCAGGAACAUGAGUGCUUUUAUUUGCUCCUUCCUGUGCUCUGGUGCAUUUGAUACCUGUGCCUUUCCGUUCUCCUAGUCAAGCUGUUUAGGAAUGUACUUCAGACGCCAGGGUUUAUGUCAUUCUUAAGUGGGGCCUCUCCAAAGCAUGACUAUUUACUCCUCCAGUCGGAGUGGGAUUUCUACUAAGCCUACAUGUUGGCAACAAUGCUCAAGGUCAAGGUCAAAAAGGUGUUCUCGCUGUUUUGGGAGAAUCUCAAUAGCUCUUUUAAAAUCUGUAGUUGAAAGUCUAUUCAACAAUUAUUUUCAACAAUUUUAGUGGUAGUUUAUUCAGUAAUACAAGAGAUUUUGUUGAAAGAGAAGCCUCACUGCAGGGUUGAAAAAGUUGGCUCUUGUUAUGUUGAAGAUAGAAGUAAGCCUUCAUGUAAUUGUUGUCAUUUAACACAACUGCUUUAAAGUGAACAGCCAUUUAUACUCACUGUUUGUGAUUAGUGCCUUUAGUUUUAGUCAAAGUAGAUGAUACACCUCACACUGGAUUGUAACACACAAACUACACUUUGUCUUCCUUUGUAGAUAUACAGUACCAUGAUAUAUUGGUUGUCAUCUCGAUAGUUUUAUCCCUUCUGUUGAGUGUGUUGGUUGGGGGGGAAUGGAAAAUAACACAGCUCAAGUGUUUGUACAUGCCACUGAGUUUUGCUGAUCAAUUCGGGCAGUGAAGCAAUAAGAAGUGAAAUGUGUUGAGCCAACAGCCCCUGAGUUAGAUCGAGACCGACAUCUAGUGGUUCCCUCAGGUACUGUUACAGCCCCAUUGUAGGUAUUUUUACAUAACACUUUAUUAUUGUAUCAGGCUGGUAUUGGAUUAAUACUGUUUGACAGUUAUACCCCAAAUAUCCAUAUAGCCAUUGUUGUGUUGUUUAGCCUUACUGAACAAUUAUGUUACUAAGGUGUCUAAUAUGAAUUGGAAAACUUGCUGCCCCUUGAAACUGCCCAUGCACUCCACACACCUUUGUCACAGUUUAUUUCAUUAUUUGUCACUUGGGCUCGGCAUGUGUCUGGGAGUGUUAUGUAUUCAGGGAUGAAGAGAGGUUUAAAACUAUUGUUGCUCCAUCUAUGGCUCUGUUUAACGAAGUGCUAUAUUUACCCCACUACAUCUGCCCUCAACCCGCGCUUUAACCAUUGAGACUAGGGUUGCAAAGCUACUGGUAGUUUUCCAAAGUUACCAGUAUCUUCAGUAAUUUUGGUAAUUAAUAGAAAGUCUGUGGCAAUUUAUCUUAACUUUGGUAAUUUACACUUGAAUGACUUUAAAAACAAAUGUAUUCAUAUAUAUUAUUCCUUUUUUACCUGUGUCCAUAUUGUCCAUGAGUUUCUAGUAGAUAGACCAUAUAAUUAAACAGAAAAUAGCCUAAUUAAUGAAAAAAGCAUCUAAUCAACAAUGCCAUUAUUUUCAUUUAACUCUGCAACUCUUCCAACUAUUGACUUUUUCACAACUGCCACCAAUUUGAUGCCAAAACAUUGACAACAAAUACAUAUUGACAUAGUAAAAAUAAAAACAAGUCUAUUUCAUGCUGAAACCCUAAUAUUAAAUAUCAGUGGUAUUCACUAAGUUGAUGGUUUAUAUUUAGGAUAAUGUUUUAUAGCUUUGGCAUUCUAUUUUAUAUUUUACCUGUGAUAAAGCCACACAGAGUGCCAGAGGUAAUUACAGACACCUGUGAUAAUAUGAAGUACCCAAAAGGGCCACUAGAUGUAUUUUGAUAGAUUACAGAAAAUUCUUGAAAGAUACCAAAAUUCUGGUAGUUUACUGGUAAACUUUGAAAGUUUCCAGUAAUAUAUCCUCCCUUUGCAACCCUAAUUGAGACCCAUGUCAUGUUCCUCUGCAUUUGACCACAUUCAAACUGAUGCCUGUCACCAAAGAGAACGUGAGUGAGAUGAUGGUCACUCAACAGGAAUCAUACAUCAUUCCGUACAUAAAUGAUCUAUUUCGUUUUAAAACAGAAAAUAUAAUAGACAAUAUGUUAUUAAGUGUGAAAUUACUCAAUUUGGCUAUUUUAUGGUAUUGUUAUUUCUAUUAUUGUUGUAAUUGUAAUUAUUUUAUUGUAAAAAGACAUGCUGCUCUUGUAAUGUUGACUGUACACCAAAGUGAAAUAAAAAUACAGCAUUGUCAUUUUAAUACAAA